AUGAAAAGCAAAAAAUUAUGGACAGCAAGUAGUGCUAUAUUUUUUGCAGCAACUACAAUGGCUACUAUAGGCUACGGUAAUAUUGUACCGGUAACAUCAUAUGGACGAAUUGCUUGCGUUAUAUUUGCAUUAUUUGGUGUACCAUUGGCUAUUAUAACAAUUGGUGAUGUUGGCAAAUUUUUAUCGGAAUGUAUAAUAUGGCUUUAUAAUAAGAUGAAAAGAUCUCGUUGUUCGUUAAAAUAUUAUUUCGACAAUUUUAGAGGGAAAAUUGCUCGUUUGUUUCAUUUCUUUUUUAUUAUAUUUAAUCGUAAAAUUUAA